UCAGGGCGGCUCUCUCAUCCCUGCCGCGCUGCCUCCGCCAACGAGGAGGCGGCGCACAGCGAGCGAGCGGGAUCCUUCCGCCGGGGGCGGGCCCUGACGGGGAGGGGCAGGGCCUGCGGGAGGGGCGGAGCCAGCGGAGGGAUCCGCGGUGCUGCGGCCGCAGGAGCCUCCCGCCGCUACCGGAGCGCCAUGGCUGACCAGCUCACUGAGGAGCAGAUCGCAGAGUUCAAGGAGGCGUUCUCGCUCUUCGACAAGGACGGGGACGGCACCAUCACCACCAAGGAACUGGGCACCGUCAUGCGCUCGCUGGGCCAGAACCCCACCGAGGCCGAGCUGCAGGACAUGAUCAACGAGGUGGACGCCGACGGCAACGGCACCAUCGAUUUCCCCGAGUUCCUCACCAUGAUGGCGAGGAAGAUGAAGGACACGGACAGCGAGGAGGAGAUCCGCGAGGCUUUCCGCGUCUUCGACAAGGAUGGGAACGGGUACAUCAGCGCGGCGGAGCUGCGGCACGUGAUGACCAACCUGGGGGAGAAGCUGACGGACGAGGAGGUGGACGAGAUGAUCCGAGAGGCCGAUAUCGACGGUGACGGACAGGUCAACUACGAGGAGUUCGUGCAGAUGAUGACGGCAAAAUGAGGGGACACGAGGCCACCGGGACACCCCCACACCCCCCCUCACCCCGCUGCCACCAAGAGCUCCCCGGGGCCCCCCCCUGCACCCCAAACCCACCAUUCGGGGGCACCCAUGGGUGCUUGGGGUGGGGGGAAGGGACCCCACUAGGACAGAGGGACCCCAAAUCUUCCACAGGGACUUUGGGGUUGAGGGGGUGGAUUGGGGGGACCCCAUUUCCCCGUUGGAAAAUGCUCCAGGGUCCCCCUCCCCAGGACGCAGAAGGACACCCCCCCUCUUGCCCCACAAGAUUAUUUUGGGGUGUUUCAGUGGGAUUUGGGCUCUCAGGAAGGUUGGGGAUCCCUGGUGUGGGACCAGGCCCUGGUUUUGGGCCAUUCUGGGGGGAUUUGGGGCCCUUUUGGGGAGGAGAAGGGCACCUCAAGCUCUAGUUUUGGGGCAUUUGGGGAGAAGUUUGGGUCUUGGCAGGGGUGGGACCAGAUCCUGGUUUUGGGGCGUUUUGGGGGAGAAAUUGGGGGACUGGGGGCCCCCCCAUCUGGGCGCUGUCACGGGCGGCCAAAGCUGUGAAAUAAACCACUGGUUUUCCA